CAACCUCGACGCAUCACCACGCCAUGACGCACAUGCUCAGAUUCGACAUGAGUUUCCUCUCGCCGGAACGCUGACGACUACUCAAACAGAAGGGGGAGAGCCCGGGGCCGGAGCGGCGGAACGGCGAGAGCGAACCACCAGAGAUGCCCCCGGAGCCGCCGGACACACCGCCCGCGCCCUCCGCACCCCCUGACCCGCCACCGUCCACCAACAGCACGGUAGCUCAAACCCAAAAAACACGAUCUGUCGUGGUGUCCCUGACACCGGAGCGGCAGCGUGAGACAUGGGCCAAGAAAGCGGAGUUCCUGCUGGCAGUGGUGGGGUUUGCAGUCGACCUCGGCAACGUCUGGCGUUUCCCCUACAUCUGUUAUCAGAAUGGUGGCGGUGCAUUCCUCAUCCCUUACUGCGUGAUGCUGCUGUUUGGUGGCCUACCACUCUUCUUCAUGGAGCUCGCUCUUGGCCAGUACCAUCGCUGCGGCUGUCUCACACUAUGGAAAAGAAUUUGUCCUGCUCUGAAAGGUGUAGGGUACGCGAUAUGCAUGAUUGACAUCUACAUGGGGAUGUACUAUAACACGAUCAUCGGAUGGGCAGUCUACUACCUGAUAGCCUCACUCGCUUCCAUCAACUCCGAGCUCCCGUGGACCAGCUGUAACAACCCAUGGAAUACUCCACUCUGCACACCAAUCACUAACCCCCAACAGAACGUCAACGGCACCACACCGGCUAAAGAAUUUUUCGAACGCAACGUCUUGGAACAACAAAGAUCAAAUGGACUGGAUGAUAUGGGACCUAUCAAGCCAUCCCUUGCAUUAUGCGUCGUUGGUGUAUUCGUACUGGUAUACUUCUCAUUGUGGAAAGGUGUCAGGAGUACUGGUAAGGUUGUAUGGGUAACUGCUCUAGCACCAUAUGUGGUUCUAUUAAUACUGUUAGCAAGAGGUGUUACUUUACCAGGCGCAACUGAAGGCAUCCGAUAUUAUCUCACUCCAGAAUGGCAUAAGUUGCUUAACUCCAAGGUCUGGAUAGAUGCGGCCUCCCAAAUCUUCUUCUCCCUAGGUCCUGGCUUUGGUACCCUUCUGGCAUUAUCCAGCUACAAUAAAUUCAAUAACAACUGCUAUCGAGAUGCACUCGUCACGUCUUCCAUCAACUGCCUCACGAGCUUCCUUGCUGGAUUUGUUAUAUUCUCCGUUUUAGGAUACAUGGCUCACGUGCAAAAUAAGAGCAUUGAAGAAGUGGGUCUGGAAGGUCCAGGGCUUGUAUUCAUCGUGUACCCAGAGGCGAUCGCAACCAUGACCGGAUCUGUCUUCUGGGCCAUCAUUUUCUUCUUGAUGCUCAUCACGCUUGGUCUGGACAGCACCUUCGGAGGACUUGAAGCCGUGACAACUGCGCUAUGCGAUGAGUAUCCAAGGGUCUUGGGCCGACAUAGAGAGUUGUUCGUUGCAUUUCUAUGCCUCUUCAUUUAUAUCUGCGCUUUGCCGACCACUACCUACGGUGGAGUAUACUUGGUGGAUCUGCUGAACGUGUACGGGCCCGGGCUGGCGAUACUGUUCGUGGUCUUCGCGGAGGCGGCCGGCGUCUGCUGGGUGUACGGAGUAGACCGGUUCUCUGAGGACGUACGCAGCAUGCUGGGACACACGCCUGGUUGGUUCUGGAGGGCCUGCUGGUCAUAUAUCAGCCCGGUAUUUCUACUGGUGCUGUUCGUGUUCUCCGUUCUGGCGCAUGAGGAGAUGCUGGGCGGGGAGUAUACGUACCCGCCCUGGUCGAUCACAGUCGGCUGGGUGAUGACCGGUACCACAGUAUCUUGCAUCCCUCUCUAUAUACUGUACAAGCUGCUGAUCACGCCUGGAAACUUGAAAAAUCGAAUAAGAGCUAUCACACAACCUGAAGAGACAUCGAUACCGCCAGUUGACCCCUCUCUAUGUAACCUGUGACCUGACCCAUACACCACUCACAUGGAGACCAAGCCACCAACAAUCGAGUGGCUCGUUUAAAAAUACUAUAUAUUCAAGAAUAACAUAAUAUUUAAUAAUAAAAUUAAGUAAUGUAAGUUGUAUUACGAUUUAUAUAUGUCAUUAAUAUAAUUAAACGGUCUUGAC